UGUUGAAUCAACAGAGAGACUAUUGGUCCUUAAAUAACUUCUGACCACUAGAGUCCACUGAAACAAGCAAGGUAGGAAAAUAGCUGAGUGGCAAAUUCUAGAAGGCUUUUUGGGGAAGUGGAAAUAGAAGAAAGUAAAAAGAGAGGGUAAAGGGGUAGAAAAGGGAGAAAAAUACGAAAAGAACAGAGGAGAGAGGAGGGCAAGGCAAGGCAGAAAGUCUCCAGGCCUAGACCCACAGGUUGGGUCCACAGAAAAAGCCAUUCUGAAGUGAGGCAGGAAAAGAAUUGGCUGACAGAGUGGGAGUUGGCCUACCCAAAACUUUGAGAAAGAGUAAAGCCACCUUGGACCAGGUCCCCUGAAAAAAGUAAGCAGCAGUGCAGAAGUGAAGAGCAGAUGCAUCCUCUGAAGGUUCACGGAGGCUCCCCCUUCGGUCCUCCUCCCUGCCCUGGCCUUGGGAGUUCUCCCUCCCACCCAGGGCUCCUGCAUCCUCCGGGUGCUAGAGGCUAUUCUCGAGGUCAUUGCUCCCGCAGGAGAGCCUGGGGGGGCGUCGGCCUGGGGCGCAAAGGGGCAGCUGCUGCAGCAGUGAUAUGGAGCUGAAGGGCGGUCGGGGGGAGGAAGAGAAGGAGGAAGAGGAAGAGGAGGCAGGGUCAGCCAAGACAGGGGCAGCGGGGACAUGAGGUCCCAGUCGGAGGAGCGGGAGAGCAGCAGUAGCUGCUGCAGCCGCAGCAGCGGGAGGACCCAGGAACCCCAAAGCCCAGAAAAGUUCCGGCGUGUCCAGGGCAAGAAGAAACGCAAAGGGGCCCGCGUGGUCGGCUUGAGCCAGCAGCGACAGGCGGCCAACGCCCGGGAGAGGGACCGCACUCACAGCGUCAACAGCGCUUUCACCGCACUCCGCACCCUUAUCCCCACCGAGCCGGCGGACCGCAAGCUCUCCAAGAUCGAGACCCUGCGCCUAGCAGCCAGCUACAUCUCCCAUCUAGCAAACGUGCUCUUGUUCCCACCCGAGUCGCUCGGGGGUCCCCAGGCCCACCCCCCGGUGCACUAUCUGCCCUGCCUGCGGGACAGCGAAGGAGGUGCUGGUGGCAGCCCCUACGGAAGCGUAGGAGCCCCGCGGCCCAUCUGCACCUUCUGCCUCAGUCACCAGAGGAGGGUGUACAAAGAAGGGGAGAAGCAAUGAUCUAUUUAAAGUACAUGUGGACAAUCCUUCGAAUAAGAAGCUUGUACAAGUAUUGCACUGAAUAGUGAACUCAUUUAUGUAACUUCUUGGCACCCACAGAAUAUGUUUACAUUAAAUACAAUCAAUUAUGUAAAUAAGUCAUGUUUUAACACAUGGAAAAAACUAUGGGUCAUACUUUUACAUUGUAACAAAUUUAUUCAGGUCAUUCUACAAGUGAAACCUUAUACUGGGGGCAAAAGUUGCACCUGGCAUGGCAGCUAUUUUAGUGCCAGAAAUGUUAAACCUAGCCAUCUUAGUCCUGAUAACUCAGGGCUUGAAACAUGGGCCACAUGAUGAAACUUGAGCUUUGAGACUUGCAAUGUUUUCUGUCUGUGGGGACUGUCAUAACAUCAACAUUGACUGAAUCUUGAACAAAUAUUGGACUGAGUAUGGUCAGCCUCCCAUUUUUCAAGUUCUAUGCUCCAACUUUUAUCAUUGUCAAAGAAGGAAAUCAAAAUAUUUCAUCAAUAUUUUUUUUCCUGUUCAAACUAAGGAAACAAGAAAGUAGUUAUUGGUUAUCUAACAAGGAAAAUAGAUACUCUCACUCUGCCAACCCCAAAAUGUCACAGAGAAAAGUUGUCAGUCACUGUUUAAAUAUGUAUAUAUGUGUAUGUGUAUAUGUACAUGUGUAUGUAUACAACAUAUGUGUGUGACUGUGAUGGAUCAUUAAGGGAUUGCUUAUCUCUACCCCUUAAUCCUAGAAGUAAUGUUGCCUAUAAUUGGAUAAAGAGACAGUGACCUCUUAAUUCUAAAAUUGCCCUCUAAAAUCAUAAUGAGAGAAAUUAAGUUAUAUAUUUUUAAGCUUUAUCAGAUACAACACAUUUUAAAUUCCACCCAAGUUAUGCCACCUGCUGUGUCUCCUGGGUGCUACGUUGGCAGUCUGGUCUUCUCAGGGUUACAGAGAAUACUAAAUAAAGUAUCCUUACAGAUAGUCAUGUGCACUGGCCAAAAGAGCACAUAGGAGCAAGAAUAGAGAAUGAUUAAAUUAUUUCAUUUCCACUUCUCUUAAUCAAUGUACUUCAUAUGUGAUUGUCAAUACCAGGCUAAGUGUUUUAGGAAAUAAAGAAAUAUUACAUAUUAUUACCACAUGAUAAUAUUAUAUAAUUGUAGUGUAACAUAAUAUAUUAUUAGUAAUAAGUUACAUAAUAUAUUUUACAGACAAUAUCAUUUUAUUACAUAUAUCUUAAUAUUAUAUAUUGUUAAUAUAUCACAUUAUAUUAAUAAUACAAUAUUACAUUGCACUAAUAAUAUGAAAUAUUAUUAUAACAAUCUCCACUUCAAAUAAUUUAUACUCAAACUGUGGAGACAAGACUAGCAAACAUGAAAUGAUAAAAUUAUAUGUUAAAACAGAAUAAUAUCAUUUGGAGAUAUAUUGUACCAUAUAGAUCAUAUAUAUUGGAACUGUACAGAAGGGAGGGAUAAAGGGGAGGAGUCAUUGACUAGACAUUUUGCCAGGUUUGGUCAUGAUUCAUUGAUGAAAAAAGAAAAAUGUGGGAGUCUUGUACUUCUCAAACUUCUUGAACUUAUUCUGAGUUCUUUUUCUGGCAGAGAAACAGUGGAGUGCAUUUUCAGAAUUUUAUUUUAAAACAUCUCAAAUGACUUAAUGUAUGUAUGUAAAAGAUUUUGCAUGUUUUAAUGUUAUAAGAAUGCCGGUUAUUACUGUUAUUUAUUUUAUUUAUAAGAUUCAUUACUGAAAUAUAUUUUUGAUGAACAAUGAAAAAACUUUUUAAUCAAUCAUUAAAAGAAGAAAGAUAAAAAGAACAUAGAACCCCAUUUCAAAU